AUGGACCUACCUGAGGGCUGGGCUGGUGGCCCUGCUGCAGCAAUGUACCUCCAGGACCAUCCCGAGGAGGGGAGCCUGGGGACGCCACUGAGCUUAGAGGAGCAAAUACUCAACUCCACGUUUGAAGCUUGUGACCCCCAAAGGACAGGCAUUGUGGCUGUGACCCAUGUGGUGGCCUACCUGGAGACUGUGACGGGACGGGGCCCCCGGGAUGCGUGCCUCCAAACACUGGCCCACAGCCUGGACCCCAGCGGGGAGGGCCCUCAGGCCACCGUGGACCUGGACACCUUCCUGGCUGUCAUGCGAGACUGGAUUGCCGCCUGUCAGCUGGAUGGGGGAUUAGAGCUGGAAGAGGAGACCGCCUUCGAAGGGGCCCUGACCCCCCAGCAACAGCCAUCUGGAUGCCCAGAAGCUGAAGAGUUGGCCAACCUGGAGAGCUUCGGAGGCGAAGAAGACCCCAGACCAGAGCUGCCAGCCACAGCUGACCUGCUAAGCAGCCUGGAGGACCUGGAGCUCAGCAACCGGCGGCUGGCAGGAGAGAAUGCCAAGCUCCAGCGGAGCGUGGAGACGGCAGAAGAGGGCACUGCGCGCCUCAGCGAGGAGAUCACGGCCCUGCGCAAGCAGCUUCGCAGUGCCCAGCAGGCUCUGCAGUUUGCCAAGGCUGUGGAUGAGGAGCUGGAGGACCUGAAGACUCUGGCCAAGAGCCUGGAGGAGCAGAAUCGCAGCCUUCUCGCCCAGGCCCGGCAGACGGAGAAGGAGCAGCAGCACCUGGUGGCCAAGAUGGAGACUCUGCAGGAGGAGAAUGGGAAGUUACUGGCUGAGCGUGAUGGAAUGAAGAGGCGGAGUGAGGAGCUGGCCACAGAGAAGGAAGCUUUGAAGUGGCAGCUGUACGAGUGUGAGUGCCUCAUCUGCCAGCGAGAAGCCAUCCUCUCUGAGCGCACCCACCAUGCAGAGAGCCUGGUCAAGACCCUGGAGGAGUACAAAGCGACCACCCAGGAGCUGAGGCUGGAGAUAUCACACCUGGAGGAGCAGCUGAGUCAGACCCACAAGGGGCCAGAUGAGCUACCUGAAGGGGCCCAGGUGAGAAGAGUGGGCUGGACCAAGCUGCUGCCAUCAUCACUGGGCGUGGAGAUUGAGGCCAUUCAACAGAAAGAAGACGUGGGCGCUGCGGCAGAUCUCUCCAGCCCUCUUUGCGGAGUGUGGGAAUGGGAGGAAGUUGAUGAGACUGACGAAGAAGCCACCUUUCCAACUGAAGCCCCACCUGGGGGACAGAUACCAACUGCGAGUCUGCUGUGUGCGGGAUACAGAGCCACCAGCCAGCCAGGACGUCACCCCUGCCCUCCAGGAACUGACCAACUGGUCCCACAGAGAAACUUCCAGGAAGAAUGGAGUGAGCACUCGAUGUGGUUGCCCGUAAGAGAGGAAGAGGAGGAAGCAGAGGCUUCUAUCCUGGCGGAUCUCCCCAUCCCUCUGGGAGCCCCUCACCCUGGAGACAUCCCAAAAAGCCCUCCUGAGAGCCCUGCCGCACCCGAACCCAACCUCCAGCGAGCCCUGGUGCCGGUGCCAGCGACCAAAGAACUGGUCCAGGUCAGGAGGCGGCACCCGCACCAGCUCGGCCUGCCCUUCCUGCAGCCCCAACAGUUCAGGGUCACGCGGCCCCCGCUGGUCCCCGCGCCAUUCCUGGGCCUGGUGCUGCUGCUGCUGCUGCUUACCAUCCUGCUGCUGGGCCGGUCCCCGCCCCCCACCUGGCCCCACCUCCAGCUCAGCUACCUCCAGGCCCCCCCAGUGUGAGCCUGCUCCCCGCUCCCCAGCAGGUCCGAGUUCAAUAAACCCCCCCCCGGGGGUUCAUUCUCCUGUUACCCCCCGAGCCGUGGCUGUGGCACUUACUUGGGGUUACCCUAAUAUUAAGACCCGGCUUAGGUGAAUUCUCCUUGUUUUUGAUGUCUGCCACAGCAUUUCUCAAGAACCAAGAAACACAACCAAAAAUAUAAGUGUUAUUCUCCUCACAGAACGAGUCUGGGGUGGGCCAUUGUGGGUCCACAGUCCCGGGUCUCCACAGCACCAGGUAAGGGUCUCUGUGACCCUCCUAUCCUUACCCUCAUGUUCAGGAGGUGACAUAGCUUCAUACCUCAAAUCUGCCGGAAGGAGGGAACAACAAUACAACAAACAAACAAUAAAACCUGCCGAAGGACACAUCGCUCCUUAGUGUGCAUGUAGGUUCUUAUGUUUAUUCUUCCCCCCCUCCCUUUUUUUAAAAAUUUGAUUUCAUUUUUUGGUGAAAAUAGACACCACAGGAUACAGCAUUUCAACAACUUCUACAUGUACAAUUCAAUGACACUGGCCUUUUUAUAAAGACAAGAAAACCCUUCCCAGGGCCGCCAGCAGACUUGUAUCUCUCCUUGACUAGGAAGGAAACUUUUAGCCUGACCACCCACCCCCAGCUGCAAGGCAGACUGGCAGGGCGUCUCCCCUGGAGCUGGCACCCUACUGCCCAGCAUCAUCUGGCUUGUUAGCAAGGGUGCAUUUUGGGUAGGCAGAUAAAGUGUCUUGCCACAGCAACUAAUUCAGAUGAAAAACACUGCACAGACCAAACAAAACGCAGCUACAGACCACCUGUAGAUCACCAGCUUUCCCCUUCUGAUGCUCCUGCCUUAGCCUACAUUGCCAGGCUAUUUGGAAGGGGCUCCUGGAUACCCCUUCUCCUCGAUCACCCCUCCUUUCCUUGUCUACACCUCAACCCUAUCCCAUCCAGAUCCUGACUCCGUCUUGCCACUACCCUGUGGGUAGAAACCUGGGUUGACCCAGUCCUAACUGAAUCCUAGGUCAGGAAUGGGGAACUUUCCAGCUUCCUCAAAACACACAAAACCAAAAAAUCUCACUCUUGUUCACUUUGACCAUCUUCACAGUUUUAACUGUGAUACAGCAUUAUGGUAAAAUCCAUUCCCCACCACGUGGGGGAUGCAUGGUCCAGAGGAAGUGGAAAUGCCCUUCAUAGAAUAAGGAAAAAGGAUGUAGGGCAGGCACAGAGCACUCAUGUCCACUACCAUGCAAAUGGCAAAUGGUGGCAGCAGAACCGGGAGACCGGUGCCAGAUGGCAUGGUGGGCUUCCUGGCGGAAGGAAUGAGGUGGCUAUGGUGGGCACGCCGACCCAUGGAGGAAGAGAGCUGAGCACCUUGAGGCAGGAGGCUUCCGGGCACUUACUGGCAGGGCUAAAGAGCUUUGUAACACUUACCUGAGCAGGGCAGAGGCCAGGUGGAGGGCCAAGGGGCAGAGUGUCCAAAGGCCUGAUUGAGUAGUUCUUGAUCCCGAAUUAUAACAUGUUACUUCCCUAAUAAGCCCCAUAAUCAUGAGUAUUGUCUGUGAGUUCUGUGUGGCCAUUACAACAAAUUAUUGAUCCCAGCCAAGAAGUAGAGAGUGCCAUGGGAGGGAUGGUGGGUAUCAGAAUUGGUAAAAAGGCUGGAGGGUGGAGGUAUGUUUGACCUUCACAAGACCCAGCCUUGGGCUGUUGCUGAUGGUGGUUACCCUCCUCCUCCUUAUGAAGUUAGAUGAGGAAGUCUGACGCCCCAUGCCCCACGCCAUUUUUACAAUGUGUGGCGAUUCAGAUAGCCGCAGGCUCUGUGGCAGCCCAGAAAGGGCACCUAACCUAGCCUGAGAGGUCAGAGAAUUCAUCUCAUAUAAAUGACAUUUGAGUUUAGUCUUGGAUGAUGGAGAAGGGUUGGUGACAAUGAGGAGGGGUCAGGGAAGGGUGUCAAAGGCAGAGGAAAGAGCUUAUGCAAACAGCAGGUGAUGGGGAAGAGCCUGUGUGUGGAGAGCCUAGGCAAUAAAUACAGUGUUGUUUGAAUUAAAAAAAAAAAAAGAUUUGGAGCCAGGGAAGAAUUUGAGCUACAGAGUGGUGUUGUGGGAAAUAGGUGAGCAAAGCCCAUGAAGGGCUGUGAGCAGGGAAGGACAGAAUCAACUUGGCCUGAAAAAGACCUUCUGGAUGUUGGAGCUGUAUAGGGGUAAAUGGAGGAGGAGAGGAGACCAGAGGCCAGGAGGUGGAGGGGAGUUGGAAGGGAGGCUGAAGCAAUGAUACAGGUGGGAGGGUUCACGACCUGAGUGGACAGAGAGGAGAAUGUGGUCAGAAAAAGGGCAAGAGGGGCAGGCUGAGGACUGACAGGCUGUGAAGGAGGAUAAAGGGGAGGGAAGGGGCAAGGAGAGCACCUGAUCUCUGGCCGAGGACUAGUAGAAAGUGGGGCCAUUUCUAAAGCGGGGACCCCAUGAAAAGAAGUGGGUUUAGGGGACAACUCGGAGCUCAUUGGGGAUGUGGUUGAGUGAAAGGGGCCAGUGGAAUUCCAAGAGGUGGUUAGAGACCUGAGCCCUAAGCGGAGCAGAAAAGGUGGAGCUGGAGAUGGUGGUCUGGGUGUUAGCAUGGCCUAUUGUGUGGGUGUGGCUGCAAUUUCCUGGAGAGAAGGAAGUAGAGUGGGAAGGGAAGAGGUUCCCAGCAGCACUUUAUGGAUCUAGGGAGAAAGUGGAGUCCCUGGAUGGCACAGUUAAGUGCUUGGCUGGAGGUUGGAGGUUCAAAUCCACCCAGAGGUGCCUGGGGAGAAAGGCCUGGCAAUCUGCUUCCGAAAUGUCACCAUUGAAAACCUUGUGGAGCACAGCUCUACUCUUGACAUGCACAGGGUUCUGUGAGUCUGAGUUAACUUGACAGCAACUGCUUUUUGUUUUGUUUUGUUUUUGUUCAGGGAAAAAGAAUAAGGGAAGAGGCCAGGCCAGGACCCAACCAAGGGCCCUCCAGCAAAUAGAGGACGCU